AUGGCAGUGGCGCUCUCAAUGAAAUUUUCUGUGGCGGUUGUUAUUUUCCGACAAGACCCACUGUAUCUGGGUGGAUCUCCGGCAGCGAUAGUGACUGCACUGUCGGUGGACGGCGACGGGAUCUUCGAUGGAACCGGCGGUCUGGUGUGUGGCAGCGGGUGGCUAGGCAUCGAACGAGGAUUGACAGCGGGUAGAGUACGGACGGCGACCGACCGACGGUGGGUGGCUGGAUAUGGCGAUGGCGGGGCGGCGCUGGGUGAGGUCAGAGAUGGUGGGAGGUGGCUUUGGGCUGGAGUGCCGCCGUCUGUGGCCGUGUGUGUAUGUGUGUGUGAGAGAGAGAGAGAGAGAGAGAGAGAGAGAGAGACCUGUGUGCAUGCGUGA